UGUUUAUAUUUUCGCUGUUUGCAAGCCGUUUGUCUGCUAAUAGCGUCUGCUAGCUGGAUCUUGGUCCUGGGGCUGGACCUGGACAUUUUUCCAGUUUCCAUCGCGAGCACCGGGGUCUGGCCCUCGGCGUUUAGAGGUCCCCCGCCGGCGUCCCCGUCCGCUGCUGCUGCUGCGGGGCGUCGGGGGUCGGGGGGCUGACCGGGCUGACUGGGCAAUCGGCCAGGGGCCGAGUCAUGCAGAGGCAGCUGCCCAGCUGCUCGUCGUGGUCCUCCUGCAUCGACGGUGUGGUGGACGUGCUGCGACGGUGGGCCCUGGACGUGGAGCGCAUCAUGCCCGCCGUGCUGACGGUGGUGGUGCCGCUGGUGGCGACGCUGUGCUUCGUGCGCGCGCUGGCCGCCUGGACCUGGGGCCGGUGCUCCAACGGCAAGAUGCAGACGGGCAGGGUGUUCAUCGUGACGGGGGCCAACAGUGGCCUGGGCAAGGAGACGGCCCGAAUGCUCGCCAUGAGGAACGCCAGGGUCGUCAUGGCCUGCAGGGACAUGGCCGCGGCGUACCUGGCUGUGGAGGACAUCCGCAGGACUACCGCCCAGGGAGAGCUGAUUCCCAUGCAACUCGACCUCGCCUCUUUGGAAUCAGUGUAUACCUUCGCACGAGAAGUGCUGGAAGACUUCCCACAGAUUCAUGUGCUCAUCAAUAAUGCUGGCUUGUCAAUGCCAGAUGAAAAACAGCCCAUGACAGAGGAUGGCAUUGAAAUGCAUUUUGGCGUCAAUCAUCUAGGACACUUUUUCUUGACGAAUCUCCUUCUAGAAAGAUUGAAGGGAUCUGCACCUAGCCGGGUGGUCAAUGUAUCUUCUCUCCUUCAUCGGCAUGGUAUCAUAGACUUUGAUCAUUUGAGCACCGGGCCGCAACCAACUCAAGUCAGUGGCCGCUUACCUCCUGCAUACUGCAACUCUAAAUUGUGUAAUAUCUACCAUGCGAUGGAACUUGGGAAAAGAGCAGGGGAGCAUGAUGUUGAAGUAUACACACUGUGUCCUGGUUGGUGCUACUCAGGGCUCAUGCGCCACUACAAUUUCCCUUGGUACAAAUACCUGACUGUCAUUCCUAUUGCUUUCCUAUUCAUGAGAUCAGCAAACAAGGGAGCUCAAUGCAUUGUACACUGCGCUGUAGAGGAAAAUCUUCCAAAAAAUUAUGGCACAUUUGGAUUUUAUCGCAACUGUCGUCCAUUCAUAUCGCCAAUGCCAUUUGAUCCUGCAACUGCAACAAAGCUAUGGGAUUACAGUGAAAAUUUAAUCAAGUCUCAGGCUCCAAGUGUUGUUCAGCGUGGACUGAAUUGAAUAGUAUCAUAUAGUCAAAUUCAAGUUUACUGCUGUUAAUAUCCAUUGAUACCUAGUCAAAAAUUUAAAAAAAAAACCCUAAAGGUAGCAUUUAGCUGCUGCUACACCCGUUGUUGAAGUCUAGCUUUGAACCUUAGGUCUAGUUGUUGCUGGUUUUUAUUUUAGGUGUAUCUGUGUGCCUGCACAGAGUUUGACUCAAGCUAAUGUUUGAAUGAAUUUUACUGUUAAAUAUGUCAUAAAAUUUUUAUGAUUAUCUUUAGUGUGUUUCAUAAGGUUAGAGAUUCCAAUUUGUAAAUGGAAAAUCUGAAAAGUUCAAUUUGGAUUUGAACUUUCUACUUUUAGCUUAGGUCCAAACUUAUUAUACUAUUUUCUCAUCCAUAAAAUAAAGACACUGUUCGAAUGGAUCAUUCAUA